AUGGCGGGUAAUGGUUUACCAAUAAUACCUCUUGCGACUGAAUGGGCUACUGACGAGUCUCGUGAGAGACGAAACGUACGUCUGGCCUAUGGCGGAAAUAAUUAUAACAAUGUCAUCACCAACAAUAUUGAUGAUGUAAACAACAAUCAUUCCAAUAGUGACAGCCUUAACAACAACAUCAACAACACCAACAACAACAUCAACUACAACAUCAACAAUAACAACAACAACAACAACAACAGUGUCAACACUGUAGAUACCAAUGCUACAACCCACAGCGCCAAUAUCAGUAGCAAUUGGAACAUCAUCAAUAGUGACAACCCUAACAACAACAUCAACAACACCAACAACAACAUCAACAACAACAACCACAUCAUCAACAAUAACAACAACAACAACAACAGUGCCAACACUGUAGAUACCAACGCCACAACCCACAGCGCAAAUAUCACUUGCAAAUGGAACAUCAUCACAAGAUGUAAGAAGAACCACAGCGAUAAUAAUAAUAACGUUAACAACAAUAAUAAUAAUAACGUUUUAAAAUAUUGUAAAAAUAAUAUUAAUAAUAUGUAG